AGGUAGGCAGAUGCGGAAGGGGGCCUAGCCCAAGUGUUGGUUUUUCGGCAGUUCUCACAAUGGCCGCGCACUGUCGGGGUUCAGAACUCGACCUCAGCUGGAUCUCCAGAGUUCAAGUGAAUCAGGCUGCCGUUCUGCGGCGGGCAGAACAGAUCCAGGCUCGCAGAAGCGUGAAGAAGGAAUGGCAGGCUGUGUGGCUCCUGAAAGCUGUUACGUUUAUAGACCUUACCACACUUUCCGGGGAUGACACGUUUUCUAACGUUCAACGGCUCUGUUACAAAGCCAAAUAUCCAAUCCGGGAGGACCUCUUAAAAGCUUUAGAUCUGCACGACAAAGGCAUCACCACCGCCGCGGUCUGUGUCUAUCCCGCCCGCGUGGGUGACGCUGUCAAGGCACUCAAGGCCGCAGGCUGCAGUAUCCCCGUGGCAUCAGUGGCCACUGGCUUUCCAGCUGGACAGACUCAUUUAAAGACACGAUUGGAAGAGAUCAGACUGGCCGUCGAGGAUGGAGCUACCGAAAUCGACGUGGUCAUUAACAGGACCUUGGUGCUGACCGGCCGCUGGGAAGCCCUCUACGAUGAGAUCAGUCAGUUCCGAAAGGCCUGUGGGGAGGCUCAUCUCAAGACCAUCUUAGCCACAGGAGAACUCGGCUCUCUCACCAACGUCUACAAAGCCAGCCUGGUAGCAAUGAUGGCAGGAUCAGAUUUUAUUAAGACUUCUACUGGAAAAGAAACGGUAAAUGCCACCUUCCCGGUAGCGAUCGUAAUGCUACGGGCCAUUAGAGAUUUCUUCUGGAAAACUGGAAACAAGGUAGGUUUUAAGCCUGCAGGAGGCAUCCGCACGGCAAAGGAGUCCCUUGCAUGGCUCUCUCUUGUAAAGGAGGAGCUGGGGGAUGAGUGGCUGACACCUGACCUCUUCCGGAUAGGGGCCAGUUCUCUGCUUUCAGACAUUGAGAGGCAGAUAUACCAUCAUGUGACUGGACGAUACGCAGCUUAUCACGAUCUUCCAAUGUCUUAGGUCAGAAGCCAGCCCAGAAAAGCAUCUUGCAACAAGUUAAAAAAUAAAGUCUUUUGCAUAAUUGCCAAGGUUAUGUAAUUUAACAGUAGGUAACUGACUUUUCUUCAUUAAAAUCUCCCCUGAAAUUAACUCAAAAAAUGAAAGAACCCAAACAGUUGAAUCUGUGUGUGGAACUCAGAUCAGGUGAGGCUGCAAUGCUCUAAAUUAUUAGGAGGUCUACAUUUAUUAAUUUUAUGAAAGUUUUCUCUAAAAAACUCUGAAUAAAGUGUUCCCAGUAGCCUGUACUGUAGUAAAUUCUGAGGGGAAAAUGAAGUUAAAUUGCCUGAGACAUGAGAUUCCAGGGCAGGGCAGAGGGCUUGGCAUGGAAGGGUGCUUGCUACCAAACCUGACCACAUGCUCAGCUCUCAGUAACUACAUGCUGGAAGGGGAUCCAGCUCCCGGAAGUUGUCUUCUGACGUCCACACAUACGUGCCCCUACCUCUGACACAUAAUAAAUAAAUAAAAUGUAAUAAAAAUCAAAA